ACCAUGAAAAUGAUGUACUAAAGUAUAUAUUCUUUUUAGCUUAAAUGGUAAUUAAAUUAUUUAAUCAUUAACUCUGAACAUUAACAUAAAUGAAAGUUUGCUCUUUGUACUUCUGUGCAACAACACAGCUCUUCCUGAACUCAUAAAAGCCAUAUGGAAAUAGAACUUAGUGUUUUAAAUUAAUGAACACAGUUGACAACCUAUCUGGUACAUUUAGGAGAACUGUGCAUUCAGUUUUGCAUUCAAUUAAACCAGUAAAGAUGAGACAGAACGCAUGGUGGCGCUGCAGGUUAAGGUGAUAAAAAAAGAGACUUGCCUUAAAAACAGUAGCUCCAGUAUCCAGCUAGUUUCACACUGCCUGGAAACUGCCUGAAGAAUAGUUUCUCAGCCAGAGCGAGAGUGAGUGUGAAACCUCUCUAAAACUUUAUUUAGUGACAAAGCUCUGACCUGCUAGGGCUACCAGGAUCUUGGGCAUAUAUGAAGCUCCUGUGAAGCUAGUUGUCAGGAAACAGCAAUGGAGACUGGACGGAUGCACAAUCACAGACAAAGGCAAGUCCUAGUUUUCUUUGUUUGCCUGAGCAUGUCUUGGGGGAGCGCUGAUUUGGGGCCCUAUUCAGUAGUAGAAGAAACAGAGAGAGGCUCCUUUGUGGCAAAUUUAGCAAAAGAUCUGGAGUUGGGGUUGGCAGAGAUGGCUACUCGAGCUGUCCGGAUCAUUUCCCAGGGGAACAAAGAGCAUUUGCAGCUCAAGGUUCAGACGGGGGAUUUGCUCCUAAAUGAGAAGCUAGAUCGAGAGGAGCUAUGCGGUUCAACUGAGCCUUGCAUACUACAUUUCCAAGUAUUAAUGGAAAAACCUUUAGAGAUAUUCCAGGCAGAACUGAGGGUGAAGGACAUCAAUGACCAUUCCCCCGUGUUCAAUGAAAGAGAAAUUAUUCUAAAAAUACCGGAAAACAGUCCUACAGGAACUGCAUUCCCUCUGAGUAAUGCUCUGGACUUGGAUGUAGGCAGCAACAAUAUUCAGAACUAUACAAUCAGCCCCAACUUCCAUUUCCGGGUUAUAACCCACAAUCGCAGUGAUGGCAGAAAAUACCCUGAGCUGGUGUUGGACAAAGAGCUGGAUCGGGAGGAGGAGCCCGAAAUCUCAUUAACGCUGACAGCGCUGGAUGGCGGCUCUCCACCAAGGUAUGGGACAGCCCAGGUUCGCAUUGAAGUGGUGGACAUCAACGAUAACGCCCCUCAGUUUCAGCAGUUGCUCUACAAGGUGCAUAUUCCUGAAAACAGCCCCGUAGGCUCCCUGGUUGUCACUGUUUCUGCCAGCGAUGUAGACAGUGGACCCUAUGGGAAAAUAUCAUACACAUUCUUUCAGCCUUCUGAAGAUAUUAGUAAAACUUUGGAGGUAAAUCCAAACACAGGAGAAAUUCGACUGAGAAAACAAGUAGAUUUUGAAACAGUUCUUUCUUACGAAGUGGACGUCAAGGCCACUGAUGGGGGCGGCCUCUCAGGAAAAGGCACUCUUCUCCUGCAGGUAGUGGAUGUGAAUGACAAUCCUCCGGAAGUGACAGUAUCUGCACUUACCAGCCCCAUCCCAGAGAACUCCCAAGAAAUUGUAGUUGCUGUUUUCAGUGUUUCAGAUCCUGACUCUGGGGACAAUGGGAAAACAACUUCCUCCAUCCAAGAUGACCUUCCUUUUCUUCUAAAACCUUCAGUCAAGAACUUCUACACCUUAGUAACAGAGAGAACACUGGACAGAGAGGAAAGAGCCGAGUACAACAUCACCAUCACGGUCACUGACAUGGGAACCCCCAAACUGAAAACCGAGCACAACAUAACCGUGCUGGUGUCCGACGUCAACGACAACGCCCCCGCCUUCACCCAGACCUCCUACACCCUCUGGGUCCGCGAGAACAACAGCCCCGCCCUGCACAUCGGCAGCGUCAGCGCCACAGACACAGACGCGGGCGCCAAUGCCCAGGUCACCUACUCGCUGCUGCCGCCGCCCGACCCGCUCGUGCCCCUCGCCUCACUCGUGUCCAUCAACCCCGACAACGGCCACCUCUUCGCCCUCACGUCCCUGGACUACGAGGGCCUGCGGGCCUUCGAGUUCCGCGUGGGCGCCACCGACCGCGGCUCGCCCGCGCUCAGCAGCCAGGCGCUGGUGCGCGUGCUCGUGGCGGACGCCAACGACAACGCGCCCUUCGUGCUCUACCCUCUGCAGAACGCCUCGGCGCCCUGCACCGAGCUGGUGCCCAGGGCGGCCGAGCCGGGCUACCUGGUGACCAAGGUGGUGGCGGUGGACGGCGACGCGGGCCAGAACGCCUGGCUGUCGUACCAGCUGCUCAAGGCCACGGAGCCUGGGCUGUUCGGCGUGUGGGCGCACAACGGCGAGGUGCGCACGGCGCGGCUGCUGAGCGAGCGCGACGCGCCCAAGCAGCGGCUGGUGGUGCUGGUCAAGGACAACGGCGAGCCGCCGCUGUCGGCCAGCGUCACGCUGCACGUGCUGCUGGUGGACGGCUUCUCGCAGCCCUACCUGCCGGCCCCGGAAGCGGAAGCGGCGGCCGCGGCGCCGGCCGACCCGCUCACCGUCUACCUGGUGGUGGCCUUGGCGUCGGUGUCGUCGCUCUUCCUCUUCUCGGUGCUGGUGUUUGUGGCGGUGCGGCUGUGCAGGAAGGGCGGGGCGGCCUUGGCGGGCCGCUGCCCGGUGGCCGAGGGCCACUUCCCUGGCCAGCUGGUGGACGUCAGCGGCACGGGGACCCUGUCCCAGAGCUACCAGUACGAGCUGUGUCUAACAAGAGGAACUGGAACGAAUGAGUUCAAGGUCCUAAAGCCAAUUCUCCCCAAUCUCUCAUCCAAGAGCAUAGGCAGGGAAGUCGAAGAAAACCCCUCGUUUCAGGGUAGCGUUGGAAUUUAAUAACUGCUAAGUGAAAGUGAAGUCGCUCAGUCGUGUCCGACUCUUUGCGACCCCAUGGACUGUAGCUUACCAGGCUGCUCUGUCCAUGGGAUUUCCCAGGCAAUAGUACUGGAGUGGAUUGCCAUUUCCUUCGCCAGGGCAUCUUUCCGACCCAGGGAUCGAAUCCAGGUCUCCCGCAUUGUAGACAGACGCUUUACCGUCUGAGCCACCAGGGAAGUCCCUUAAUAGGAACUUAUUUAAUAAAGACAUAUUCUUCCUCUAUUUUUUGUUUAAAAUAUUACCACCACCAAUAAGGUAGUAUUUAAUUUUCUCUGUUUUGUUUAUCUUCAAUUUCCAACUUUGUUCAACUUCACAAGUUUCCUUUGAUUCAUAGUUCAGUUCAGUGAAGCAUUUCUCACCAGAAUCCCAACAAGUGAAAUAGGCUUUAUCGUCAAAGUUGGUAUUACCACAUUUUCUCCACUUAAUGUCUCUUUAUUGACUUUGUGUUUACAUUUUAAAUGUCAGUUAAUACUUAUUCAGUUACUAAGAUAAUCUGCUGCAUGCGAUCUGUAUGUUUACUAUUUGAUAUUUCAUUUUUUUUUCAAAACUGGUAUUUUGGGUGAUUUGUCAGUCUAGAUUUUCAUUACAGCAAUAUUCUUAAACUAUGUUACUUUUAAAAACAUUCUCUCUGUAUUGGCAUUUACUUAUUUAAAAUAUAGUAUUUCCAUUG